UUUUUUUUUUUCUCAAGUAUUAUUCAUGAACUCUUCCAUAUCACAUUUUCCUCCUGAGUUGCUGUCAAGCAUAUUCAGUUAUUUAACAAAGAGCUCGCAGUGUGCUUGUCUCAAAGUCUGCAAAUCAUGGUAUUAUACACUUGCACAGACAUAUUAUCGCCAUGUUAUUAUAGGAGAUGACGACAAAUCAAGCAAUGUCAUUCAGCUCAUUGAAUGCCUAGAAAAAAGUCCUUUCUUUGCUAUUGGUCAUAUCAUUCAAUCGCUUCAUAUCCGUCGCAAGACAGAACACUAUAGAGGAUACAAGCAGGCAUCCACCACAAAAGAGGAAUUUAAGCAAUUAAUAGAAUCAUGUCCUCGCUUGCAACACAUUGAAAUGAUGACCAAUUCAGUAUAUUGGAGAUAUCUGUAUGAACUUGAUCUGCGUGGUUUACAUAAACUGGUCUCUUAUGGUAUCAAACGCUCCGAUGAAAACUAUUUCUACAAGGUUGCACAUCAACACAGGUCUAGUCUUAAGGAACUGGAGAUUCACUGUUCAUGUGAUCAAAGUAUUCGUGAGGAAUUUGACAACUUAGUUUGUUACUUGAGUGGGUUCUCAAGUCUAACGCAUCUCUCCAUUAAGAGUGGAAGUCAACGAGACAUCAUCUAUUUUCAUCGUUUGUUGGAGGUGUGCAGUCAACUGGAGACAUUGGACUAUCAGCUGGAUCACCCCUUUUUCGAGAAUCAUACGGUGCCUCAGCUUUCGCUUUAUCCUACUCUGCGUAACCUAAGCUUAUUUUUGCCUCACUUGUCACUUGAAGCAUUAAAAUACAUUACUUGUCGAUUCCAGAAUCUAAACAAACUUGUUCUCCAAGUGAACCAGAAUGAUGCUGAACAACAGCGGAGAUGGAAGCAAGAAAACACAGGUGAUAAUGUGGCUAGUACAUUAAGCUUUUUUGGAAAAGAGUUUAUUCAAUUUGUCAAACAAUUGGACUAUUCACACUUGAUAUUCUGGGUUAAUCAUCCGUCUUAUCUGGACACGUUUGUACCGUAUUAUUGUGCUCACAUCAUCACUUGUGCUUUGGCCACUGCUUGUUUUGAUGUGCAUGAUGGUCGAACAGAAUUAACACAAAUGGAUCUCAAAAGGGAGAAAGAACAAGUCAAGCUGAAGUUUGUGUUUAUCAGAGACUUUAGUCUGCUACACGACAUGAUGGACUUUCCUUAUCUAGGGCAUUUGCGAUCCUAUGGUGCACGUCUGAAAACCUUAAAAAUAGUACAUAGUACACAAAAGGGCCAAACGACAAUUACAGACAUAGGUUCGGUCCUUCGUCUCUGUCCCACUCUAAACUCGCUUGAUAUCAAGGCAAUCACUUCACCACGUGCCUAUCUCUUUGACGAUCCUGCCACGUUGUAUCCUCCAUUAGAAGGCGUAAUGAUUCCACCAGAUACACUACAGACCAUUGCUACUCGACACCCUCACAUCAAGCAAUUAUCCCUGAUGAACUGCUUCACGCAUCACAAGUAUGACUUGUCUUGUCUAGAUUUAACCUGUUUUGAGUUUGAUAUUUCGGCACACCAACAAACUCGUGCAAGUGACAAGCGAGGGGCAUUUUGUGUUAUUCUGGAAAGCAGACGCAUGCACGCAGUAGACUGUUACUUGAUAAAAUCUGAUGUGUUUCAGCCAAUCUCUUUGGAUGAACUGACGGAUGAAAUGACAGUCUUUUGGUUCAUUUUCAAUUCACUAAACAAGGCAGAACUCCAUGCAAAAAACAUACAGCGAUUAAAAGUCCUUUGUUGAUUUACAGAAUAAAAUCCUGUUUCUCUAAACUUCAAAUUGAUUACCUUUACAUUUGAAAAAAGUUAUUCUUUGGGAGUAGUUACUCUAUUGUUGAAUCCUUGUUUUCACUUCUAACAACAGCAAAAAAAAAAAA